AACGCAUGAGAAGAAUUCGAACUUCAGAAUGUCUGAUUCCGAGCCAGACAACGAUCUCCUGGAUUUUCUAAGGGAUCAUUUUGCUCAGAAAAAUGCACCAGCCAUUCCAAAAACACAUGUGUUGGAGGGAGCGGAAUAUGUGUAUGACAACGCCAUUGACGUUGCCCUGGACUCCCAAGCAACCAUUGCUGCAGCAGCCAUGAUCUAUUCCCAAAUGGAGAAGAAGGAAUACUCCACCAAGAAUUGGGCAUCACAUCCAUUUCAUCCACAGUCCAAGGACGAGAGCACGGUAGAUUUUAUUUUCACAAUGGAUCUUUUGAACUUCUCGUUCUGGUCCGAGCGAGAUGACGAAGAACGCUUUGCUAUUGAGUAUCAAGGGGAGAAGUGGACUGGAUAUGCAAGUUUGGUUGCCGCUCUGCAACGAGCUCUUGAAGAGGGUUCGUUGUCAAUUAGCUCCUUGUGGAAAUCUUAAUUGACUUUCAUCUGUCCCAGGUAUUCCCAUCACUUCCUCGGAUUUCUGGCAAAAUCAAGACGAAUGUACAGACGAGGUUCUACAACAUGUUUUCAGGAGUGCCACAGAUGAAGAAAUACCCCUUUUUGCGGAAAGGGUAAGAUGUCUACGAGAAGCAGGUCAAAUACUUUACGAGGUGAGAUGCAAUAUUCCUUGGCAAAAGUAAGUUGCCGCUAAUUGCUUUCCGUAGAAAUACAAUUGCAGCUUCACAGGGUGUAUUGAAGCUGCCAAUCACUCUGCGGCUACAUUGGUCAACAUACUUGCAGACGAUUUCCCUUGCUUCAAUGAUGUUAUGUCCUAUGAAAACCGCAAAAGCGUCCGCUUCCUUAAGCGAGCCCAGAUCUGCGUUGCAGAUAUAUGGGCAGCUUAUGAUGGCGAAUCUUAUGGAGAGUUCCAUGAUAUCGAUACCUCCAUCACCAUCUUCGCAGACUAUAGAGUACCACAAAUACUCAAUACGUUGGGGUGUUUGUGGUAUAGCCCAACUCUCCAAAGUGCAAUAAACCAAAAGCAGAUCAUUGAGAGUGGUCACCCCUGGGAGAUCCAGUUGAGAGGUUUGCGUACCAUUUUCAAUACUUGAUUAUUGCUGACAUCUAUAAGGUUGUAGUAUUUGGUGCGUUGAAUUAAUUCGCAAAGAGAUUCUCAGGAAGAACCCAGCUGCGAAGGUCAACGCCAUACUGAUUGAUUUCUUCCUUUAUGAUACGAUGAAAGAGAGAGAGGCAGCAGGGCAAGAGACAAUACCCCAUCACAGGACCAGAAGUAUUUGGUACUGAUUGAACAGUCUGGAAAAGUUUAUACCUGCUUUUAGAGAAAGACAAAAGUCAAUUCACUCUUAAUAAUUGUGUGAUGUAAGUCUUAAGAUUUGCUCGUAAAUAUAUCCCACUUCUUUUGGGUAUGUUUUGGUUAUUUGAUGAGGUUGGUUCUCGUAACAAUAACCAGAUACUACUACUGGUGAAUCGGACUUUGGUACAAUAGCCAUUGGCUAGCGCUCUUCCCCCCUGUAGCUGGGGUCGUACAUGGACUAGCGUAGUUCACUUUCAGAUCAACCUCGCUUCUUUCACAAAAGUCACAAACUCCACUUGCCAACUACUCCAUCGAGGACUAACCCAGAACGAAUCGUCCAACAUCCGCCAAGAAGAUCAACAAUACUUGCCUCGUGUAUCUGACGAGUGUGCAAAAGCGCCAGCUCCCUUGAUAGCAACAGAUUUGUGUCUUGCAAGGAAAUCCGAAUCAUCUCCAUA